CGAACAAUAAACCGGUGGCGCUUGAUGGCACUCGAAAUCCCAGCCCACAACCGCACACCCUCUACUCUACCCUGUGCGUCCCUACAGCGCGUCGACCUGGCCGACCAAUACCACCAGCAGGGCGCACGGUGAGACACACUCGCUGCUCUACCCGCGGUGCCCAGUGUCAGUGUGUAACAACAGCUUCGACCGAACGGUUCGUCGUCGUAUCGUGCCGCGUGAUUCGCCAAGCCGCGACCUCGCAUUAUCAGCGUACAAAGAACGAUCGUGUGUGUGAGGAUCACGUCACUAGGAGGCGCUCUCUCGCUCUAUCUGUCUUUAUCUCUCCGGCGGCUGGUGAGAGAACCGAUAAGCAGAAGAUCGCGCAGGGAAUCGGCAGAGUAGUAAUCCGAACCGGAGUGCCCAAACCGGAGUAUGUGGUUUAGCGUUUAGCGUGUACAGCGUUCAUCUCUAACCCGUUUGCUCACGCACCGAAUGUUGUGUUAGAACGUACCACCAAUUCUAUCGACGGUGCGGGGUAAAACCUGUCACAGUGGCUUAGUUCCUUAGUGUGACCGGACACGGAAAGGUGUGCAUGACGCUUAGUUGAACGAUUCGUUUGACAGCGUUUAGUUUUGUUUGAAGAGUUUUUGUGCAGCUAAGGGGCAAUUAUGAGCGGGCAGUAGAGUUUGGGUGUGCAGUUCCUUUCCUCAAGCAGUUUGUAGCAGUGGCACCGUCCAGCUGUCUCCUCUCACGGGCCCGCCGUUCGUGACACGCGCGUGUAGUGCACACAAACCGUACUCUCUCCACCAGCAGCAAAUACACCAUCACAUCAUGUUGACGACGGUGCGAAUGAACGCAAAGCUACGCUGGAUGGCGCGAUGCUCGCCCCCGUUCAGCCUGCUGCUGCGGACGUGCGCCUGCCUGCUGCUGCUGCUGGGCCCGCUAGCGCACAGCCCGGUCGAGGGUCAGUAUCUGCGGUCGCCGUGCCCGGACGUGUUCUCGUACCGGCUCGAUCCCGGCACCAACCAGGUGUUUGGCUACGUCGAGCUGCAGGGUCUGCGCAUCGGUCAGCUGGUCAAGCUGAACGUGGACCUGUCGAUCGCUAUCGCCGUACCGCAGAACAACGUCGGAUCGAUCACGCUGGUGAAGUCGCGGGAGGAAACGUUCCGCGAUAUCUACAGCAACCAGCCGGCCCAGUAUCGCGUAAACUUCCCGUUCAACAAUGUCAUCCCGAGCGUGCUGGCCAUUAGCGUCAACGGGCAGACGAUCUGUACCGGGCAAAAGGCGACGGGCAAUAUCGUGACCACCAUCAACCUGGAGCACACACUCUUCACGCAGAUGCAACCGCUGGCGAACAGUGGCAACAACAUCAAUGCGAUACAGUUCCAGCCCCAGCAAAAUACGGCCGUGCAGGCACCGGUGUACCGGCCGGUGCAGCAACAGCAGCCGGUGGUCCAACCGCAACCGCAACCACGACCAAGGCCAGUGCAAACGCCCAGACCGCAGCCAGUACAAACGCAACGACCGUCGGUAGACUUUAGCUCAACGGAAGCGGGUGGUUCGGCCAGCAUUGGUUGCGGACAACCGGCCGCCGUGUUUAACCGUCUCUCGAUCAAUGGAAUCCGCUCGCCCAAGGGACAGUUCCCGUGGGCGGCACCGAUCUUCGACACCGGAGUCCCAGCGAAGCCGAAGUACAUAUGCGGCAGUACGAUCAUUGGCGAGCGGCACCUGGUAACGGCCGCUCACUGCAUGUACGAUUCGAUCGGCAACCCGCGCAGUGCGAACGACCUGACAACCGUGCCGGGCAUGCACAACAUCGACAACUUCUUCGAUGCCGAUCUGCAGGAGCGCAGUGUGAAGAAAAUCUUCAUCCACGAGGAUUACUACUUCGAGGAUUCGAUACUGCUCGAUACCGACAUCGCCGUGAUGCUGAUCGAUCAGCCACUCACGUACAACAAUCUCGUGCGGCCGAUCUGUCUGUGGCAGGAAAGCGACAACCUGGAGCAGAUCGUCGGUCAGAAGGGUUUCGUGUCGGGCUGGGGCGUCACCGAGGACGGCAAUGCCAAGUAUCCGAGCUACGUUACGGCCACGGUUGUCGAUCGGCGAACGUGCACCCGCAACCUAGAGCGGCUGAUUGCCGGCAAUGCGAGGAUAUUUUGCGCUGACGGGCAUGGUUCGGUGCCGUGCACUGGCGAUUCGGGCAGUGGGCUGGUGAUCAAGCGUGGCUCGAGGUACUACAUUCGUGGUAUCGUUUCGGUCGGCCAGUACGAUCCGAACACGCUCACCUGCGCCCGCGACAAGUACGUACUGUACACGGAUAUUGCUCCGUUCCGUUACUGGCUGUCGAGAGUGGUAAAGAUGCUUUAGAGUGGACAAUGGGUAGAUCCACCGUCCUAACAUAAAGGGAGGGUGCAACACUGUUGCAACUGUGAACCACUCGCGACGCCCCACGCGGCCACAACACGGAAUUGCAGCCACACCUGAAAUACUGAAAUUAUGCUCCAUGGAGAGCUUUUAGUCUAGUUGCCAGUGCCUUGAGCAAGCAGAACAAAACGGAACAUCACUCUCCCCCCUCCCUUCCUCCCUUCCCUCUCUACAAUGUGACUCAUGUCUGCAGGUCCCGCUCCCCUGCUCCCCUGCUCAGUGGGCAACCGACACUUAGGUUAGUGACAAACGCAAAUGAAGAACGUUUGUUGGUAAGAACAUGUCAAGUCAAUACUAAGCAAAGAAAAUAAAUUGCAUAGUGCGUAGUAAGGUUGUAUUUAAUAGACGAUGUAAAUAUAAUAAAAUGCGUCCGAUAUGGUUCUGGAACUGUUAUUGGAACCGAACACAAGAACACUCAAAUAAAACAGUAAACUUCUAUAAGAAA